AAGAGAGAAACAGAGAGGAAUUCCCCCUGCUCAAACAGAGGCGACUGUCAGGGCGUAUCAGUCCCUCUGCCUUCCUUGAAUUUACUGAAAUAAAUAUAGCCUACCUGUAGCUGGAGGCGCUGCAAACCCCUCAUGAAUGAAGGAUGUAAGGACAGACAGAUGCAGCAAGCCUUCGGUGGCUUUUAGAUACUUAAAGGAGCAGAUAUUGUUCCCUGUCUGGAGGCAAAUUUCUUUCUCAUAGCGGAUCGUCUGGUUUAGUCUCAUCCUAUUUUUAAUAGAAGCUGAAAAUGUUUGCAGCUUUUCGUUUACUGCCGGUCCAGAGGUUGCCCUCUAACUGCGAUGUGCCAUCACUAAAAAUGAGGACUUUUAUGGAGAAAUCGGAGAACUGAUCAAACGUUAAAACAUGACAGGUCAGGUCCUUGGGGACACGGCCGGUGGGUCUCGGGUGGACGACAACGCUGGCAUUCGCAUCAACGUGGGCGGCUUCAAGAAGCGUCUCCAGUCGGACACGCUCUCCCGUUUCCCCGAGACCAGGCUGGCGCGUCUCCUCCAGUGCCAGUCCAAAGAGUCCAUCCUGGAGCUGUGCGACGACUACGACGAUGCGGAGAAGGAGUUUUACUUCGAUAGGAACCCCACUCUCUUCCCCUAUGUGCUGAAUUUCUACAACACGGGGCGGCUUCACGUCAUGGCCGAGUUAUGCAUCUUCUCCUUCAGCCAGGAGAUCGAAUACUGGGGCAUCAACGAGUUCUUCAUCGAUUCCUGCUGUAGCAGCGCCUACCACUGCAGGAAAAUGGACCAGGACAGGGGGAACUGGGAGGACAGGAGCGAUGAUGGGAGCACCACUUCCUCCUUCGAUGAUCUGUUGGAGUUUUACAACGACGCCACCAAGUUUGACAAGCAGCUGUUAGGGAGCGCACGGAGGCGCGUCUGGUUGAUGCUGGAUAACCCCGGUUACUCUGUGGCCAGUCGUAUCAUCAGCAUCCUUUCCAUCCUGGUGGUGCUGGGCUCUAUUGCCACUAUGUGUAUGAACAGCAUGAGCGAGUUCAGCGUUAUGGACAGCAAGGGCGAGCCCACGGAGGACCCGCGGUUUGAGACAGUGGAGCACUUUGGUAUCGGCUGGUUCACUCUGGAGCUGGUGGCCCGGUUCGUAGUGGCUCCAGAUCUCCUGCGCUUCUUCGAUCAUCCGCUCAACGUCAUAGACUUGGUGUCAAUACUUCCUUUUUAUCUGACGCUCCUCAUCAACCUGGUGGCGGAGAGCACCCCCGCGCUGGCGAACCUGGGGCGGGUGGCGCAAGUUCUGAGGCUCAUGCGAAUAUUUCGCAUCCUGAAGUUGGCCCGACACUCCACCGGGCUGCGCUCCCUGGGGGCCACCCUCAGAAACAGCUACAAGGAAGUAGGCCUGUUGCUUCUCUACCUGGCUGUAGGUGUGUCGUUUUUCUCCGUGAUGGCCUACACGGUGGAGAAAGAAGACAGCGAGGAUCUGUCCACGAUCCCCUCCUGUUGGUGGUGGGCCACCGUCAGCAUGACCACCGUGGGCUAUGGAGACGUGGUGCCCGUAUCUAUAGCGGGCAAAUUAACCGCCUCAGCCUGCAUCCUGGCCGGGAUCUUAGUUGUUGUGCUUCCAAUCACGCUCAUUUUCAACAAGUUUUCCCUUUUCUACAAAAGACAAAAGCAGCUCGAAAUCGCAAUGAGAAGCUGCGACUUCGACGAUGGUUUAAAAGAGGUUCCGUCCGUUAACCUCAGGAACUAUUACGCUCACAAAGUCAAAUCUCUAAUGGCCAGUUUGUCCAACAUGAGUCGGAGUUCACCCAGUGAACAGAGUCUUAAUGAAUCAUUACAGUAAAGCUCUGUGGAACUGAUUCAUUCUCAAUGAGGCUGCUGGAGGAGCUGUCCAGGGUGCUGACACCGCUGGAUGACACCGCCUCUCU